AUGCCGCAGCUUGUGGUCUCGACCUCGGAGGAGCAAUCAUCACAACCAUUAAAUUUAAUCCCGCGCUUAACCCGCAAGAAGUCACAAUGUGAGGUGGCUGCAGCGAUUAAGGCGCCUCCUCUCACGCCUGUACCAGUUGAGCCGUUGCGCUGGUCGACGGCGUCUUUCUCGCUCUCUUUUUUAAGCAAUAUUGAUCGCAUUGAGUUUAAUGAGACUGUGGAUCGGAACGGUGUGACAUAUUACGUAGUAGAAGUGUAUCAGUUUCACUAUAAUUCGCGUUUACCUACUAAUGUCAACAAUCCGCGUAUGGCGGCCACAAGUCUAUCGGACGAUAACGAGCAACAAGGUCCCGACUAUCGUGUGGAGCGACGCUACUCGGACUUUUCAAAGCUGCGCCACCAGAUUAAGGUUUGGACCUGCCCGAAUGCGCAAUUCAUGUGCCAGUACUGCUACGAAUUCGGUCGCUACAUGCGAUUUAAAUUGCGCCAGCCUCGUCUUCUGACGGCGCUGACUAGCAAUAAUGUCGAGAAGCGCAAAAAGAUGUUGCAAAAUUUCAUGAAGGAUUUUGUCGAUCUAGCGCAGAACCCAUCGAAGAACUCGGUACAUCGUUGUGAGGCUCAUCAGCACGUACCGGCACUUUUAGAAAGUUUUCUUAGAGAUUGA